UUGACACCGACCACCAUGCCGCCUAAAGCUGAUUGGGAGAAAUACGAGAAGAAGGCCGAUGAGAAGGACGAGAAGCCCAUAGUUGCGCUCGAUGAUAGCGACAUCCAGAUCUUGAAGACAUACGGUCAAGGACCGUACGCAGGACCUCUGAAGGCUGUCGAUGAUGAUAUCAAGGAGAUUCAGAAACGUAUCAACGAGAAGCUCGGUGUGAAGGAGUCCGACACAGGUCUCGCAUCGCCGAACCUGUGGGAUCUCGCGGCGGACCGACAGCGCAUGUCAGAGGAGCACCCACUACAGGUCGCCCGGUGCACGAAGAUCAUCCCCAUGGAUGCAGCCGCAGCAGAGGCAGCGAAAGCUGUCAACGCACUCGGUGGCUUGCAGGGCCAGAAGGGUGCGGACGAGCAGGACAAAUAUGUCAUCAACAUCAAGCAGAUUGCGAAGUUCGUCGUCGGCCUGGGCGACCGUGUCGCGUCUUCGGAUAUCGAGGAAGGCAUGCGUGUUGGUGUCGACCGCACGAAGUACCAGAUUCAGAUUCCAUUACCACCCAAGAUUGACGCGUCAGUCACGAUGAUGCAAGUCGAGGAGAAGCCCGAUGUGACCUACUCCGACGUCGGUGGCUGCAAGGAGCAGAUUGAGAAGCUCCGCGAGGUCGUCGAGACUCCCCUCCUCUCGCCAGAACGCUUCGUCAAGCUCGGUAUCGACCCGCCUAAGGGUGUCUUGCUGUUUGGUCCUCCGGGAACUGGUAAGACCCUUUGCGCACGAGCGGUGGCGAACCGGACAGACGCAACAUUCAUCCGUGUCAUUGGCUCCGAGCUCGUACAGAAGUACGUCGGCGAGGGUGCGCGUAUGGUUCGUGAGCUGUUUGAGAUGGCACGGAGCAAGAAGGCAUGCAUCAUCUUCUUCGAUGAAGUCGACGCUAUCGGUGGCGCGCGUUUCGACGACGGUGCUGGUGGGGACAACGAGGUUCAACGUACUAUGCUGGAGUUGAUCAACCAGUUGGACGGCUUUGACCCUCGAGGAAACAUCAAGGUCUUGAUGGCCACUAAUCGACCGGACACUCUUGACCCUGCACUGUUGCGACCAGGUCGGUUGGAUCGUCGGGUCGAAUUCUCCUUGCCAGACAACGAUGGGCGCGCACACAUCCUGAAGAUUCAUGCCCGGAGUAUGAGUGUCGAGAGGAAUAUCCGAUUUGAUCUCAUUGCACGGUUGUGUCCGAACACGACUGGUGCUGAGCUGCGUUCCGUCGCGACCGAAGCUGGCAUGUUCGCCAUUCGUGCACGCAGAAAGGUGGCCACAGAACGCGACUUCCUGGACGCCGUAGAGAAGGUCGUGCGGCAAGGCACGAAGUUCUCCAGCACACUCGGGCGCACCGUCCUGAGUCGCGCCCCUCGGCGACACGCACCAAAUCGCGUUCCCCACCGCGCCCUGCAGCGCCGCGCGCCCGCCGCUGACUCCGCCGAGCUCACGCAGCUGCUCGCCGCCUACGCGUCCUCGCCCUCGCGCACGAUCAACCUCUCCGAGCUGCUCUCCUUCGGCCGGCCGCUGCGCCCCGAGAGCGUCCUCAAGUCCGUCUCGUACGUGCUCGCGGAGAUCCCGCGGCGCCUGGCGACGCGCGUGCGCACGAUCGAGGGCCUGCCGUUCAUCGUGGGCACGAACCCGUACGUGAGCGGCGUGCUCGCAGCGUACAAGGAGAGCUUCCUGUCGCUGGCGACGCAUCCGCCGGUGCGGACGCUGGAGGAGAACGCGGUGUUUGCACGGCAUUUGGAGGAGUUGGUGGAGAGGCAUGCGAAUGAUAUUCCGGCGAUGGCGAAGGGAUUUCAGGAAAGCUCGAAGUACAUGUCGCCGGCGCAGAUGGCGGAGUUCUUGGACGGCGCGUUCAGGAGCAGGAUCUCGGUGCGGCUGCUAGCAGAGCAGCAUAUAUCGAUCUCGCAGGCGCUGGACGAUCCUAGCGUGGACAAGUCGCAUGUGGGCGUGGUGGAUAUGCACUGCUCGCCGGCGAGGAUGAUCCAUAUGUGCGCGGCGUAUGUCUCCGAGUUGUGCGAGGCGACGCUGGGCUCGAGUCCGACCGUGCAUAUAGACGGGUUCAAGGAUGCCACAUUUGCCUACAUCCCGGUGCACCUGGAAUACGUCCUCACGGAGAUCCUGAAGAAUGCUUUCCGCGCCACAGUCGAGCAUCACCACCACCGACACCGCCACGCACACCUCCCUCCUAUUUCCAUCACCCUCUCCCCACCCCCUCAAGUCGGCUACGACCCUACUCAUCCCUCACCCAAAUACUUCUCCAUUCGCAUCCGCGACCAGGGCGGAGGGGUCGCCCCCGCGAACAUGCAGCACAUUUUCUCGUACGCGUUUACGACGGUGGGUAGGAAGCCCGGUGAGGCGUUUGAUGAGACGGAAGGUGGCCCGUACGCGGCGCAGCAUGUGAGCGGGGGCGCGGAAGGCGUAGGCGACCUGUUUGGCGAGGUGACGAGAAAGGGGGUACAGACGGGUCUAGGGACGCUGUCGGGGCUGGGAUACGGUCUGCCUUUAACGAGACUGUAUGCGAAGUACGUGUGCAUGAACCAGACGCAGGAGGAUACUGAUAGACUGGUGCCCAGUUACUUUGGAGGCUCUUUAGAACUCGUCUCUUUGGAGGGCUGGGGGUGCGAUGUGUUCGUCAAGCUCCGGUGCUUAGAUGAGGCAGGGGACGCUGCGAUAUAGAAAGGCUGCUUGCAAAUUGUGGACAAUCCUUCGUGCUCCACCAUUCAGAUUCUGCCCGUCGGUGAGGCAUGGUCCUGCUGCCGACAUACACCGACAUACAAAAUGUGCAGUCACCGCGCGACCGAAGUUGUAAUGGU